AUGACAUUCUCCCUGGGGUGGGUAGUUCUAUGGCUUGUUGGAAGAGAGAGAGCUAAAGCAUUUAAUCUUUCAGAUUGUUCCAUCAAAAACACUAUUUGGACAUAUUCUUCAAUGAGGGAGGAAGAGUUUGUCUUAUUUUGUGAUUUAAAAAAAUGCAAUGCUAAUGCUAAUAAUACCCUCUCUGUCCAAUGGUAUCUACAACCUCCGAAUGGAGAGCCAUUAAGAGACCUUUCUAAAAACUACCCACACAUUGUUCAAAAAGAUACCACUCUACAUUUUUUGACCAUCGGGGUGAAUGAUUCUGGAUUGUACAUAUGUAAACCAACUACGAGGACACCUCAAGAUAAGGCUUGUUGUGUAAAUACAGUUUUGGAAGUGAAAAACAAGACCAAUGAAACCUGCAUGAACAGUGUAUCACACAAGCAAGACCUUGUUAUUGGCAAAUUUGGCUCUAUUUAUUGUCCUUGUGUCAGUAACCAAAGGGAUGCAAAAAUAUCAAAGAUGACCUGGUAUAAGGAUGGAUACAUCCUUACCCAAACUAUCAACCCAUUCUCUUAUGACUAUGAAAACUAUGAUGAGCAUCAGGGCAUGUACACGUGUGAUCAUACGCAGUCGGAUAAUGCAACGUCAUGGACAGUCCGGGCUGUUGUUCAAGUGAAAACUAUUGUGAAAGACACUCGACAAAAACCAAAUAUACUGAACCCCAUUGGUGACACUCUGGAAGUAGAACUUGGAAAACCUUUAACUCUUAACUGCACAGCAGUGUUUGGCUUCCAAAGAGACUUUAAGCCUGUUUUAAAAUGGUACAUCAUAGAUUCUGACCAAGAAGUGGAAGAGCCAACAUCUAAGGUGAGAAGUGAUAUGUCCACCAAAGAGUUUGACAGAAUUGAAUGUAGUGUCUUCUUGAAAGAAGUGACUCAGAGUGAUCUUCACAAGAAAUUCAUUUGCUUUGCCCAAAACUCCAUUGGAAACGUAACCCGAUCCAUCCAAUUAAAAGCGAAGAAAGGAGUGGUAUUCAUCUACAUCCUCCUCAGCACCACCAUGGGACUGGCGGGAGUGUUCAUGACGUGUGCUUUCCUCUACAUCUACUGGAUUGAAAUAGUGCUGCUCUACCGAACUUACCAGAAUAAGGAUGAGACAGUCGGGGAUGAAAAGGAAUUUGAUGCCUUCAUAUCCUAUGCAAAAUGGAAUCCUUUGGAGAGCGAGGCCUCUUCAUCACUGAGUGAGGAACACUUGGCCGUGAAUCUAUUCCCUGAAGUUUUGGAAAACAAAUAUGGAUACACCUUGUGUUUGCUGGAGAGAGAUGUAGCUCCAGGAGGAGCAUAUGCUGAAGAUAUUGUGAACAUUAUCAAGAAAAGUAGAAGAGGAAUAUUUAUCUUGAGCCCAAACUACAUUAACGGUCCUGGUAUCUUUGAACUGCAAGCAGCAGCGAAUCUUGCCUUGAAUGAUCAAGCAAUCAAAUUGAUUUUAAUUAAAUUUUGUUCCUUCAAAGAGCCGGUAGUUGUACCUCAUCUAGUGAAAAAAGCUCUCAAGGUUUUGCCCGCAGUCACCUGGAGAGGCUCAAAAUCAGUUCCUCCAAAUUCCAGGUUCUGGACUCAAAUGCGCUACCAUAUGCCUGUGAAACGCUCAAAGAAUUCACAUGGAACCCAGCUCGAUGUUAUCCCUGGAGCUCUUUGCAGGAAAAAACACAGCAGAGCAGACACCACUGGGAGGCGCUCUCAGCCUAGGGAAUGUGACACUGUUCUGCCACCCUUCCUGUCCCUGGUAGGUCAGAAGCGGAUAGGUUGA